CGCUGUCCGCACACGGGGUCCUCAAUCCUCAUUGUUAUACUCAACCUUCCCUCUAUGUACACACGCAGUUCGUAAACCACGCGAGUUCGACAAGAGUGAUUAAGUGGUUCAAUUUGUGUCUUGUGCGUAACCCCUUAAUUUCUGAAAAAGUUACGCUCGUCUACUCCGGAUACCUACCACAAUACCUAUACCUACUCUUCGGGGUCUUUUUUUAAAUCAAAGAAAAGGGGAGGUUUAUAAAUAUUAAAAGCGACGAGCCGUGAUUAUGAAUAUGAAGUGCGAGCGGGGCGGCGGCGCGUCUCUUCGAAAGCAUCGCGGCAAAUAAAAAGAACACCUGUAGCAUCCUAAACAUUUUAUUACACACGUAUUUCCUAAAGAGCGAAAUCUUGUUUUACAAAUACCUCCCAAUAAGAACUUUUCAAGCAUUUUAAGAUUACAAAAGACUUAAUUUGCGGUGAUUGAGUCGUUUUAGUUUCCGUCGUCGGAACUCAAUUAAUUCCUAAUUACAGUCUAACUAAUCCAAAAUCAAAUUGGGAGCGUGUCGUAGGUGGUAAAUAUUCAAAAUGGAGGACACCUGGGAAUCUUCGAUGAUGUUAGGAGUGGGGAUGAAUGAUAUGCGAGUAAUAGGGGAUAUUCAACCCUCAUGUUCGGGCCAAACAAUACCCCGGGAACUUAACCAUCAAAGUAUGCAACAUCAUCGGGAGUUACAGCCGAGCGCGGAUGUAACCCAGGAUAUGAACUCUGACAUUCACCAAACCAUCAACCAAGACAUGGGGAGAGACCUUAAUCAGGAUUUGCACCAUCAUCAUCACGGCGAUUAUUUCACAAAUCAGUUAUUAGUCUCGGGUCAAACGACGACAAACUCCGCGUCCUCACCUGCGUCUGGAGGUGGCUCGCUUAGUCCAGGUGGUUCGGCCGGUGGUCCCGGGGGCGCCCUUUCGCCCGGAGGUACGUCGAAUUCGGGACCAACGCAAUGUUGCGAAUCGGGAAGACCUUUAGUGACAGAUCCAGUAACAGGACAAAGUGUAUGUUCGUGCCAAUAUGACUCGGCGCGCCUAGCAGCUCUACAGUACCCGAGAAGCGUAGGCGUUUACGGUACCCCUUAUCCUUCGACAGAUCAAAACCCUUACCCUAGCAUAGGAGUAGACAGCUCGGCCUUUUAUUCUCCUUUGGUGAGUACUUUACAAUCAGUUACGCUACAGUCACAUUUAAUUAAGAUCGCAAGCUCUCUACCGUCCGUUGACCACAUUAAUUCCCCCAUUCGUGUUUGUGCAAAAAUUAAUUAA